GACCAUUCAUCAAUUGCUAUGGCUAAACGUUUUCCACGUCGUUCAGUAACAAGUCAGACUCAAUCGCCUCAUCCGUUUUGCCCACGUCGUUCAAAUGACUGUGGCAAUCUUCCACCGUUGAGUAUCUCCGAUACAAGGCCGGCGCCACCAUCAUCAAGGUUGACAGACAUAUGCCGUCUGUAGCGGGAACGGGAUCAUCAACAUCUUGGCAGCCCAACCUGAAGGCUGACAGUGGAGGCUGAAAGCAUGAACCUGAUCAGCAAGGCACCGACAUAACCAUAAAGUCAAUCAAAAGAACCGCUAAUCUGAACAGGUCUGGUCUGGCUUCGUCUUGGCUCUUCGGUACCGGCAGGAGGGUUGCAGUUCCAUCAAUGGUUUCAUUCGUCUAGGUUGCAUGCAAAUCAUAAUGAUACGAGUUUCCCAAGAUUUGCCCAGUCUUGGCUUCCCCAGGCUCCGCUCAUCAGCUCGUUUUCUGUUGACAUUUUUGCGCUGGGUGACGAAUCGUCAUGGUCGAAUUUCUUACGGUACCGCCGAGGUUGACCUUGUCACUUUCAGCCACAGCAUCAUUGUGCUUGUACGGCAUCUUCUCCCAAGAAACCUCGUGGCUUGCCCAGAAAAAGACCACGGUCUAGACGGCCAUGGUGGAGUCGUCUCCCCUUGCAGUGCCUCUGUGGGAAACUCUGGCCUGGCUGGCCUGGCCCUGUGAGUAGAUCCGAUGUCAUACUCUGGGCUACGGAGAAUUCAUCCAACACUCACGUUAUCGUGGCUGCCUCUCCCAGUCUACCGGUAUUCUUCUAGAAGGACUCUCCGUUCCUCAGACACUGACGAUAUCUCGUCUCCGGAUGAGUUAUCUUCCAUAUUUGAUAGAGAGAACCUGUCUGUGCUUUCCUCAGCGAGAUGCGGGCUUUCCGUGCAAAGAGAGGUUGACGAUGGGAAUAAUUCUGUUGAACGCCAACUCCGGGACAGAUCUGUUAGUACUGUAAGGUUGGUAAGGUUGGUGUAUCUAUUUUAACUCGCCAAGCUAAGAUGUGAACUAAGGAUGGAUGGAUGGUUACAACCUCAAGACAUCCACCAGAUCUCUUUGCUUAUAAGACCAGACGUUCACCAGCCUUAUCCCUGUUUGAUCCAUCAUACAAUAACUGUGCAUACUUUACCAUAUACAAUUGCAUUGACUGUUCGAGAUCUUCAAUAUACGCAGAAGAACAGGUGAUUUUCUACAGCCACUAGAGUCUAGACCAUUUCUUCCACAGAUCACAAGCAAAUCAUCCCAUCUGUCCCCUCCCUCCCUCUCGUCCAGUCUCAUAUCCAGAUCCGCUCCUCGUCAGUCUUCACGUCACAUACGUCCACUGGGGUUCGUCGAGGCCUACACCUUCGCCUCCACCCAGUGUCGAGUCCCCCAUACCCGGAAGGCCGCUAAUGCACAGCGCAUUCCCCGCUAAGCCCAUCCCCUGUACAGUGCCAUUCUCAGUACCGGCAGCACCAGCACCAGCGGCACCACAAGCACGAGCCCCAGCAAGCCCAAGCUCGAGGCCUCGUUCCCAGACCAGUAUGAUGGAGGCCAUAUCCCAGCGCAACCUCAAUUCCUCCAUCGCCAACUUUUCCACUCCCACGUCGUUGUCGUUGACGUCGCAGCCAGGCCCAGGUCCCCUCUACUGGCCCUUCGACGCCCGAUCUUACCCUGCCCUCGCCUGGGCUCCUGAUACAUUUGCCUACAGCUGCAAUCCUUCUCACGCCGCUGUAAAAGGCCCUGCGACUGCGACUUCAGCAAAACCCACUGGGCGCCGCCCGCGCCAGCCUGCCACGACAUCUCGUUGCACGGCCAGGACAAAGGCCAGCACCGCCUCUUGCACGAGCACCAGCAACAAGAGCGCUUCGCCUUCCGCUACUUCUUCGGCGAGAUCUUCACCUGCUUCGUCGAGGGGCAUCUCCCCGCGCAUCAAGUCCAAGAUGCCAGGACGACCUCCCAAGCGGGCUGCUAGCAAUGGUGAAGAUGAUGGCACGAUUCAAGCUCCCGGCAAAGUCAAGCUUCCCAGGCUAGAACGUGGCCCGGACGACUUCUCCAGCGUUGUCAAGAACCGAUUACAGUCUUAUACACGCACUGGUCAAGCUUGCGACAGAUGCAAGGUUCGAAAGAUUCGAUGCGAUGCACUCCCAGAAGGCUGCUCCCACUGCACCAACCAGAACCUUGAAUGCUAUGUUACAGAUCGCGUGACAGGGCGCACAGAGCGAAGAGGAUACAUGCAGGAGUUGGAGAGGGAAAAGAGCGACAUGCUCUCCCAUAUUCGCGAUCUUGAGAAGCUCCUCGACAACAAGGGCGUCGAAGUCAAGCCCUGGGAGUGGUCACCUUAUGCACAGUGCCCCUCCGACUCAAACUUUGAUGAUAUGGGCAACCCAAUUCCUGACCCAAAGACUGGCGAAACAUGGUCUCAAGUCGGCAGCGCAUUGUUCAAGGACUCUGGAUCAGCCCCCAGCCUGUCUCCCAGCUUCCCUCGCACAUUAGAGUCCCGCCCUCAUGAGAAUCAUCUUGGUGUUGGAAUGGACAGUGCUCCUCUCAGUUCAAUCGGGGGUACGCGAUUGUCAAUUCUAGGGAUGACAGUCGACCUCGCGUCUUUUGAGCCACCAGAUGCGGAGGAGCCUCCAGUCGAUGGCAAGGUGGCGCCAUCGUACAACAAGUCCCCGCAAUCUUUCCUCCAAUCCAUCAUGAGAGUCAAUCCUCCCAUGCAGGCUGAGAUGCCUUCGCGCGAAGAUGCCUUCACCUACGCCGAGUGGUACUUUAUGACCUUCUCCGCUUUCCUUCCAGUCCUCCACAAGCCUUCUUUCAUGCGAUUGUUGACCCGCAUGUACGAUGAACCUAAUUUUGAGCCUUCAGUGGCGGAGCUUGUUACAGUGCACAUGGUUUUCGCCAUCAUUUGCUUCCAGUAUGGCACAAGAAACUGGCAGCAGGUUGACCAGCGCGCUCAAAUGAAUGAGCGAUCCAACAGUCACUACCAUUUUGCGCUCAGCAAGUUUUUCGAGUUGACAUGCACCCGAGACCUGGCUUCGGUCCAGGCCAUGGCCAUGGUCGUCAAGCAUACCAGAGCUUUCCCCAAGCCCGGUGUUGUUUCAAUCGUCGCCAACCUUGCCCUUCAGCGCGCACUUGAAUUGAACUUGCACCGAGAGUCAAGAAAGCCAGGCGAGCCCAACAAUCUUCAACAUGAGCUUCGCAAGAGAGUUUUCUGGGUCAUCAUGACUGUCUACAUUGCUGUUACUGGACGUCGUGGCCGGCCGAUGCCUAUCACCGUUGAGGAAUUUGACGUCGGCUUUCCCGAGCCUAUCGCUGAUGAGCUUCUUUCGGAUGAAGGCGUUGACACAUCCCGCGAUAUUCCCUGCCCUUACUGGCCAGGUAUCAUGAGCUUCAAGAUCAUUCCCAUUUAUUUGGAAAUGUACUCGAACAUCUACAGUGUUCGACGGGAUGCGCGAAACUAUGUCAGCAUCGUCAGGGCGCUUGAGGCUCAGAUCAAGAAGUGGGAGGACGAGCUCCCUGGCCACAUGGUGAUUGACCAUGCUGAGCAGACCGAGCAAACCCGUCUGGCAGCUGUCUACGCCAAGACGUGGGCGCUUGAGUUCCGUCUUUGCCUGCGACAUCCUUCAGUCGCCAUGACCAGCGACAAGGCCAUGAUGGCUGAGAACAUGGCCAUCUGCGAGGAUGUUUCGCGCCAAAUGCUUCACUGUCAAAUGGAGAUCCAGAAGUGCAAGUGCCUUGAUACGACAUGGUACCAGACUUCGAUGUACACAGCUGGCACCUUCACCAUGUUGGCUGCCAUGUGGGAGAAACGUUUUGAAACGACUCCAGAGGCCAUUGCCACGUUGCGGGAGGAGAUGGACGGCUGGAUCGGCAUUCUUGAGGAAGUUGGCUCUCUUCUCGGCUCGGAUUCUAGCGUUGCCACUGAAAUUGGAAACAUCAUUGACCGCACGAUUGCGUGGAUCGACCAUGAUAUGCGCAACAAGGAGACAAAGAGUGCUCAGCCUUCUACCACACCGGAGGUCAAACAGGAACCAGCCUCAAGCUACCCAUCUUCUCAGGCCCAGUCCGCACCCACCAGUGGAGGGGCUCAAAGUGAAGUCCCAUCUACCAAGAGCUACUUUCCCGAGUCCGACCUGAACGGUCAGACUCCUUACCCAACACUCGCCUACAAUGAUCACCCACAAGACAGCAUGGCACCUCCAACUUACGACACUGGUGCCAUGUUCUACAACACAUCUGCACAAGCCGCAGUCGCAGCUACCACAUCGGCACUCCCGUCGUCUGUGGCGCAAGUGAACCCAAUGCUCGCAUUCUCACAGCCUCCCCAGGUCGCGCCUCAGCCCGACAUGAUGUGGCAGAGCCGCGGAAACACCUGGCACGACUGGACAUCGGCCAUCGCUGACACGCAAGAUCGCUUCAGCGCAUCGACACUCUUGACGCUCGGAGGCAGUACACGAGACGCCUCGACAGGUGCGGGCGUCCCGGGCGUCACAUCCAGCCCUUCGUCAAAUGACAUCAACAGCAUUCAGCAGGGAGGCCAGUGGCCGCUGAUAAUUUUUGACCAGGUGGCGCCAAACGGAUCUUGAUUUUGACGGGGGAGCAUUUACUGGGGCGUUUUCUGACUGGGGAGUUUUUGUAAUGGACAAGAAUCGUGAUGAUUCAAAAAGGCGCUUCAACGAAAGGGACUGAUGAAAUAUGUAUUGAUGGGUUGGAUGGUUCAAAAAAAUAUGCAUUCUGGCAUUGGGAGAUGAGUUUGGAUGAUGCUGAUUUAGCUUCUGCGAUAUAAAUAUUUACUUGAUCUUAUAGACGUACAUAAUCAAUGUAUAAUUACUACACACAUCACAUUUCAAUACA